AUGGCGUCCUCUCGUCACUCUCACCCAUCACGCUCUCACCUCUUCUUCUUGGUCACCAUCCUCCUCUCCCGCCUGCCACGCUCAACUCCAUGGCCACAUCCAUGGCUCUCCAACGUCGACGUAUCCCCCUCCCCUGCCCCUGCCCCUGACCCUGCCCCGGCGCCGCGUUUCCGUCCUACACGAGCCUCGCCGCGCCCUUCGCCGGCCUACACUGCCUACUCUCCUCCCCCUUCUCCGGCACCACGGUUCCUGAUGCAGCCACAGGGAAUCCCACGUUCUCUGCCGUCCUCCUAUGCCGCGGGCUCUCCCUCCCCUUCUCCGGCGCCGCGUUUCCUGACGCCGCGAGGCUCGCCGCGCCCUUCAUCAGUACCCAACCUGUCAGUACCGACCUCUGAUCCUUAUUCCCGCAACUCUGUUCCAAGGCCACGUUUCCCAAUGCCUCGAGGUCUCUCACGGCCUUGGCCGUCCACCGAUGCCGACUCCCCGUCCCCCGCGCCGCCGCCGCCGCCGCCGCGCUUCCUGAUGCCACGGCCUUCAUUACCUUCUUCCCCCAAUGCGGCGGCCUCACCUUCCCCUUUUCCGUCACCGCGUUUGCCCAUGCCAGGACGCUUGACGCCGUCGUCCUCGCUGCCUGCCGUGAACCCGUUCACGGCGAAGGCGGCCUUCAUCCGGUACUGGAACCGCAAGGUGCACAGCAGCCGCCUCCUCCACCCGGCCUUCUUCUUCGCCAAGCUGUCCCCGCUCUCCGCGCCCGACGCCGCGACUUUCUCCUCUCUCGCCGCCGCCGGCCAGCUCGCCUCCCGCCUCCCCGCCUUCUGCGCCGCCGCCUCCAUCCUCUGCCCCGCGACCUCCGACGCCGUCUGGUCCGGAUCCUCCGUGGCCGCCGGGGACGCGUCCGGUAACACUUCGCCAGCUUCCUCCGGCUCCGGUACCGCGCCGUUCAAGAACUACGACAACGGCAACUUCAGCAGCUACGGCAACAACGGCGGCGGCGGCGCCGACGCGUUCGCGGUCUACUCCAGAGGCCAGAUCAACCCGGUCGACUCGUUCCGCCGCUACGGCAAGGGCUCGCUGGGCCGGAACGACUCCUUCGCGACGUACGAGGCGCUGGGCAACGUCGGCACGGCCAGCUUCAACUCCUACACCACGGGGGCCACGGGCGGCGCCGGGGACUUCGCCGCGUACGACGGCGAGACCAACACGGCCGCCGUGACCUUCGCCAACUACGACGUCACCGGGAACGGCCGUUCCCGCGAGUUCACGGACUACACGCGGGACGCCAACUCGGGCGUCGAGAGCUUCACCGGGUACGGCAAGACCGCGAACAGCGCCGGCGAGAGCUUCAAGGACUACGGCAACCACUCCAACUCCAUCAUGUCCGGCUUCAUCAACUACGGCGAGAAGGCCAACAGCGCCAACGACACGUUCGCGUCCUACGGCCUCAACGGGAACGCGCCCGAGAACACGUUCCGGAGCUACGCGUCCGGAAGCAACGCCGGCGCCGACGAUUUCAAGGGCUACAGGGACAACGCCAACGUCGGUGACGACAGCUUCAUGUCCUACGCGACCGACGCCAACGGCGCCACCGCCGACUUCGAGAGCUACGGGAAAUCCGUGAACCCGGGGAGCGUGGCGUUCAAGGGGUACGGCCAGGGGUCCAACCCCAACCACCACAUCGGCUUCACGCACUACACCGGCGACAACACCACGUUCAAGGGCUACUCCAACGACGGCGUCGCGUUCAAGGAGUACCAGAACAUGUCCAAGAUGGAGGUGUCAAAAGUGGUGGCUGAUUUGUCUUUGUCCUCCGGGCAGCAUCAUCGGCCGCAGCCCAAGUGGUCGCCGGAGCCAGGGAAGUUCUUCCGGGAGUGGGAUCUCAUGACCGGGAACCGAAUGCCGAUGCCGGACAUCAGCGACAAGAUGCCUCCGCGGGCGUUCUUGCCGAGGGACAUCGCCGCGAAGAUACCUUUCGAGGCCGGCGCCGUGUCGGCGUUGUUCGGGGCGCCGCCGGGCACGGCGAUGAGGCAGGUCGUGGCGUCCACGGUGGCAGAGUGCGAGCGCGCGCCAAGCCGGGGCGAGACCAAGCGGUGCGCCACGUCGGCCGAGGACGUCCUGGACUUCGCCGUGGAGAUGCUGGGCGACAACAUCGCCGUGCGCAGCACCGAGUCCCCCGCGGGCGGCGGCGGCGACGUGAGGCUCGGCAGGGUCGGCGGCGUCGCCGGCGGAGGGGUGACGCGGUCCGUGUCGUGCCACCAGAGCCUGUUCCCGUACCUGGUGUACUACUGCCACUCCGUGCCGAGCGUCCGGGUGUACGAGGCCGAGAUCAUGGCCGUCGAUUCCGGGCAGAGGAUCAACCGUGGCGUGGCCAUCUGCCAUCUUGACACGUCGGAUUGGAGCCCCGACCACGGUGCCUUCGUCGCUCUUGGUGGGAAACCGGGUGAGAUGGAGGUGUGCCAUUGGAUCUUUCAAGGAGACAUGACUUGGACGGUGGCUGAUGUGAUCUGAUAAUGGCCAUCGCGUAUGGGUGGAUUCAUGUAGAGUUGUUUACACUACUAAGUAAACUUUUUUGGACUUAUAUUUAA